AUGAGUAGCUGGAACUCCACCAGUGUGCCUGGCUUCAUCCUCAUUGGGCUGAUGGACUCUGCAGAGACACAGCUGGUCCUCUCCAUGCCCUUCCUUCUGAUUUACCUGAUCACAGUGUUGGGGAACAUGGGGAUGAUACUAAUCAUUUGGCUGGAUCGCCAGCUUCACACCCCCAUGUACUUUUUUCUCACUCACCUGUCAUUUCUUGACCUCAGCUAUUCAAGUGUCAUCACCCCUAAAACCUUACAGAACUUAUUGACUUCCACCAAGAGCAUCUCCUUCCUGGGCUGCUUCACUCAGCUUUACCUUUAUGUUCUCUUUGCUGCUGCUGAAUGUUUCCUUCUCUCCUCGAUGGCCUAUGAUCGCUAUGUAGCUAUCUGCAGCCCCCUGCACUAUCCAGUCAUUAUGUCCACAAGACUGUGCCGUGCCCUGCUCACUGGCUCCUAUGUAAUUGGAUUUAUGGAUUCCUCUAUCAAUAUACUUUGCCUGAGAAGACUGAAUUUCUGCAACUCUAAUGUCAUCCAGCACUUUUACUGUGACACUGCAGCACUUUUUGUGCUGUCCUGCAGUGACACUCAGGACUUUGAGAUCAUGUUAUUCAUUGUUGCUGGCUCCACCCUGGUGCUGUCCCUCAGCAUCAUAUCAGGAUCCUAUGUGUCCAUCCUCUCCACUAUCCUGAAAAUUAAUUCCACUGCUGGAAAAAAGAAAGCCUUCUCCACUUGUGCCUCCCAUCUCCUGGGAGUCACCAUCUUCUACAGCACUAUGAUCUUUACUUAUCUAAAACCGAAGACUUCUUACUCCUUGGGAAGGGAUCAGGUGGCUUCUGUGUUUUACACGAUUGUGAUCCCCAUGCUGAACCCUCUCAUUUACAGUCUCAGAAACAAAGAGGUGAAGAAUGCUGCCCUGAGAGUCCUGCAAAAGAGAGAGGGCUGCAGGCAGUUAAUAUCACAGUGA